AUGGCAGCUGCUUCAGAGGAGCAACCAGUCAUCAACAAAAACAAGAGGCAUCGCAAGGAGAAACCAUGGGACACCGAUGACAUCGACCAUUGGAAAAUCGACCCAUUCCAACCAGAUGACAACAAAGGCGGCAUAUUCAUCGAAGAAUCUUCUUUCGCAACCCUUUUCCCAAAAUAUAGGGAGAAGUAUUUGAGGGAGGUUUGGAGCGCCGUUACCAAAGUACUAGACGCCCAUGGUAUCGCAUGCACAUUGGACUUAGUUCACGGGUCCAUGUCCGUCCGGACAACACGCAAAACAUUCGAUCCAUACAUCAUCCUCAAAGCAAGAGACCUCAUCAAACUACUCGCAAGAGGGGUUGCGAUCACUCAGGCUCAAAAGGUAUUACAGGACGACGUGGCUUGCGAUAUCAUCAAAAUUGGCAAUCUGGUUCGUAAUAAGGACCGGUUCGUGAAACGGAGACAACGGAUUAUUGGACCGGAUGGGAGUACGCUGAAGGCCAUUGAGCUAUUAACCCAGUGCUACAUUCUCGUACAGGGAAACACCGUCAGCGUCAUGGGUCCGUACAAGUCACUAAAGGAAGUCCGACGAAUAGUCCUAGAUUGCAUGAAAAACAUUCAUCCCAUCUACCGCAUCAAGGAACUCAUGAUAAGAAGGGAACUCGCAAAAGAUCCCAAAUUGGCAACAGAGUCCUGGGACCGGUUCCUCCCCAAUUUCAGGAAACAACAUCUGAAAACCUCCGAAAAGACGAUCAAGAAGAACGAGAAAGUCGCUGCUAAGGAAGAAGCACGCAAGGCUGCAGGCCUUGACGCAUCGAAUCCUGACAAAAAGGAAAAACCAGCAAAGAAAGUGUACACGCCCUUUCCCCCGCCACAACAACCACGGAAGGUUGACCUUCAACUUGAGUCCGGAGAGUAUUUUCUCAAGCCCCAUGAACGGGAGGCCCGAGAAGUUCAACAAAGAAAACAAAAGCAAGCUGAAGCGACACUUAAACGACGAGCGGAACGGGCAGAGGUGUAUGUCGCUCCCACAGAAGAGGCAGCCCCUACAGUUGAAGAGAAACGAAAGCGACGACAUACAGAAGUGGAUGGCAAGGAUGGGACGGCGAGGUCGAAAAAGAAGAAAAAGGACAUUGCUGCAGAAGAUGCAUAG